AUGAUGCAGAAUUUGAGCCUGCAGAUUCCCUAGGGCCCUACGCGGGGGAGGAUGCCGGUUGGUAUUCGUAUGCACGAUACGAUUAUCCUGGAUGAGCGUCCCUGAAUGCCGUGUCUGUCGGAAUCUGGUAGUUUUCGUGGUGGCAAGAGCGCCGCCGAUCCCGGUCCUGUGUCUACAUGCAGGCCAGCGCCCAGCGGGCUGUUGUGCUGCGUGCCAUGGCAACAGAGCCUCGUUGGUCAAGGCCUCCGUGGAUUGGGCGCUGAAUAUCCCCGAGCGGCGAGGAUCAUCAUAGGAAGAGGCUCGCGAAUGGUUGGGCAAUACAUGGUCGUAUCUUGCACAGGCUACGCUGCGACCCCUCGACUUCGAUUCCGCAUCGAAAUUUUACCGAGAGCCGCAUCCAAUCGCCCAUUCCGUGGGCUCUGCCGGGACCUUCCGUGUCAGCGGCCCAGACCUUGCCCCCCCAUGGCAUGCUCCCCGGAUUGGUCGACCAUCUAUCGAUUAUACUUCGUACUCAACGGUUCAUCUGGGAAAGAGAUCGCCAACUCGAUGUUCCCGUCCGUCCUGCACCACAAGGGUGCUCACAGACAGUGGAUAUUGCCGGGUAAGUGGGGGGAAGGGAGAGUUGUUCAGGUCGCCAUCAGCAACCUUGAAGAUUGGGAAUAGCGGCAGUCUAGAAUCUGCAGCAGAAAGGGAGGCGAGAAGAAACCUACUUGACCAUCUCAGCUGCGCUGGAGCGAGCAAAUGACUAGCACACGACGCCGCGUCGUCAUCCUUGCUUGCGGGUUUUCAUCCAAGACGACACCAUCGAGGGCUUGUCU